AUGAUGACGAAACUUACUGUUGCUGUUUGCCAAUGUGCUUGUCAACGAUUUGACUUCGAAAAAACAUUACUUCAUCUACAGAAAUACUCUAAAGAAGCUGCUGCAAAAGGUGCACAACUUGCUUUGUUUCCGGAAGCAUUUAUAGGCGGAUAUCCUCGAUAUUCGCAUUUUGGUGCUGUCAUAGGUAAUCGUAGUGAUGCUGGACGGCAAGAAUUCCUCGAAUAUCAUCAAGCAGCGAUAUCGCUCACAGAUGGAAAUGACAAAUCCACUGAAUUACAACGCAUAGAACAAGUCGCUCGUGAGGAAAAUCUUUUUCUUGUUAUUGGCAUUAUUGAACGCGGAGGAAGUACUCUCUAUUGUGCUGUGAUUUAUAUUCAUCCUGAACAUGGUCUAAUUCAUUCGCGAAGAAAAUUGAUGCCAACUGGAACUGAACGAGUCGUUUGGGGUUUUGGUGAUGUUAAAGAUGUUAAAGCAGUACCAUUCAAUAAAGAUAUUUUAUUAGGCGCAGCUAUUUGUUGGGAGAGCUAUAUGCCAUUACUUCGUUAUCACAUGUAUUCACAAAAUAUUCAGAUCUAUCUAGCACCAACAGCCGAUGGACGUGAUACGUGGGCAUCCAGUAUGCAACAUAUUGCAAUCGAAGGGCGAACUUAUGUAUUAAGUGCAAAUCAAUUUGUUCAAACGAAAGAUAUGCCGAGUGGGUAUGUGUUGCCUAAAGAAUUCUCGAACUCUGAAAGUGUAUUAACGAAUGGUGGAAGUGUCAUCAUUGAUCCGUUCGGUAAAAUUCUUGCAGGACCUUUGUUUGGGAAAGAAGGUGUUCUGGUUGCUGAAAUCGAUACCGAUGAAUGUAUUAAAGGCAAAAUGGAUUUUGAUGUAUGUGGGCAUUAUGCACGUAAAGAUGCUUUCACAUUGACCGUCAAAGAAUAA